AGCACAGCGUCUUGCUGGGGCCGCCGCUGUCGCACGCGGUUUGUUUCUUUUGGAGGGGGGCCUGCUAUGCGACGCCUGCGACCAAGCUUUUGAGCGAGGCGUUCUGCCUGCUGAUUUUGACGAGCGCCUCGCCGCGUUCCUUCCGAGGCGGAGGGGGGCAGGGUCAAGAUGCGUUCAGAUACUCUGCCCGUGCUAGUCUUUACCUCGCUCUCCAGCUCGCGCCGCUGCCCCGCGCCAGCGUGGCGUUGUUCCAGGCCGGCAGGUCGUUGACGGCAUCCCUGACCUCGAGAUCGUGCUGCUCGGGCGCAGCGCCAUCAAGGGUCGUGGAAGUCGGUUAA